UGUUUGGGCGACCAUCUCACUGUGAGUGGUCACUUAAAUAAGAAGCAGAGUUUUGUUGUGUUGUGUGAAAAUUCAUUCUUCAGCCAAAAGAAAAAAGCUAUAAAAUCAUAAAUAAUUGUUAUAGAAUGCAAAUGAGCUCGAAUAUUUCAAUAGAACGUAAAAAAGUCGAUUGCAAUGCCUUGCCAAAGGGCUGGCAAAGGGAAGAAGUCCUACGAAAGUCUGGAAUCUCAGCAGGAAAAGUUGAUGUCUACUAUUACAGUCCCACCGGAAAACGCAUUGAUAGUAAACCCCAAUUAGCUCGUUAUUUAGGAGACGCCAUAGACAUAAGCAGUUUUGAUUUUCAAAAGGGAAAAUUUACAAUGCAAUUGCCACCACCAUCAAUUUCGUUGUAUCGUUGCUUGCCAGGAACAUCGAUUAGUGCUAGUACUGCUCCAGUUGGGUGUGGUAUUGGCGGCGGUACAAGCAGCAGCACAAGCAGUAUUACAAUUGUGCCACAACCGUCAACGGGACACUCUUUAAAACGUAAACAUAAAUCGCCGUUGCAAACUUCUGCAGCCUCAACAAGCUAUAAUAUAUUGAAUUCAACUACUGCAACGACUUCAUCAUCGUUGUCGUCAUCAUCAUCAGCCACGACUUCUUCGAAUUUGUCAACGUCUAAUCUAAAGCAACAACAACAGUUAGAAUUCAGCCGUGCUAUGCGUACCGAUGCCUCCUUAGUUCCACCCAUACGUCAAACGGCAUCUAUAUUCAAACAACCUGUUACCGUGGUACGCAAUCAUGAAUGGAAUAAAGUAAAACAUGACACCAAACAGGUGGCUCAAGACAAACCCAAACAGCUGUUUUGGGAGAAACGUUUGGAAAAUAUGCGAGCCUGUCAUGCCACUGGAGAAGAAUUCGAUGAUAUUGUAUUACCAAAGAGUAUUAAGGCGCUGGGUCCCAAUAUACAUGAACAGACUGUUAUGCAAUCCUUGGCCACAGCUUUACAUGUCCUCAAUACACCUGUCACCGGACAAACUGCCACUAAGACUGAGUUUCAAAAAAACGCCACAGCUUACAUUAAUCCCGAUCAACCGCUAAUGCAGGGGGUACUCAUUUCAGAAGAUGAUAUACGACGGCAGGAGGAUCGUGUAAACUUGGCCCGAAGGAAAUUACAAGAAGCUUUAAAGGCUUAAGACUUUUGCGGAUAUUUCGCAAGCAAUUUAUCAUAAUAAUAAUUAGGUGAUAAGUUUAUAUAUUUGACAAUGUCCAAUAAAUAUUACUUUUUGUUUCAAA